GGCGCCGCGUGAGUCCCCCACUGGCUGCUCCGAAAAGCCAUCUUUGCAUUGUUCCCGGGCCCUGCUCCGCGCUCGCUGCAGCCGCCUUCGCCGCCCGCCUCCUCCUCCUCCUCCGCGGCGGACUCCGGCAGCCUCCUCGCCAGAGUCCUCGAACUCGGUUCCUCGCCCCCCUCGCUGCAGCGCAUCACCGGCGUGCCCCACCAUGUCAGACGCGGCCGUGGACACCAGCUCCGAGAUCACCACCAAGGACUUGAAGGAGAAGAAGGAAGUUGUGGAGGAGGCAGAGAAUGGAAGAGACGCACCUGCCAACGGGAAUGCUAAUGAGGAGAAUGGGGAGCAGGAGGCUGAAAACGAGGUAGAUGAAGAGGAGGAGGAAGGUGGGGAGGAAGAGGAGGAGGAGGAAGAAGGCGACGGUGAGGAAGAGGAUGGAGAUGAAGAUGAGGAAGCUGAGGCCCCUACGGGCAAGCGGGUAGCUGAAGAUGAUGAGGAUGACGAUGUUGACACCAAGAAGCAGAAGACUGACGAGGAUGACUAGACAGCAAAAGGAAAAGCUAAACUUAAGGCCGCCGUGACCUAUUCACCCUCCACUUCCCGUCUCAGAAUUUAAACGUGGUCACCUUCGAGUAGAGGAGCAGGCCCGCCCGCCCACAGCGGGCAAUGCCACCCACACGACAUGGCGCUCUCCACCACCCCACCAAAACCACAUGAAUUUGCAACAGGGGAGGAAAAAAGAACCAAAACUUCCAAGGCCCUGCUUUUUUUCUUAAAAAUACUUUAAAAGGAAAAUUUGUUUGUAUUUUUUAUUUACAUUUUAUAUUUUUGUACAUAUUGUUAAGGGUCAGCCAUUUUUAAUGAUAACGGGUGACCAGACCAGCCUUCAGAGCGUUCUCUGUCCUACUUCAGACCUUACUUGUGGUGUGACCAUGUUCAUUAUAAUCUCAAAGGAGAAAAAAAAACCUUGUAAAAAAAACAAAAACAACAACAAAAAAACAAUCUUAUUCCGAGCAUUCCAGUAACUUUUUUUGUGUAUGUACCUAGCUGUACUAUAAGUAGUUGGUUUGUAUGAGAUGGUUAAAAAGGCCAAAGAUAAAAGGUUUCUUUUUUUCCUUCCUUUUUUUUUGUCUAUGAAGUUGCUGUUUAUUUUUUUGGCCUGUUGAUGUAUGUGUGAAACAACGUCCAACAAUAAACCGGGGUUUUAUUUUGCUGAGUUUGUUCUAA